GAGGCAGACGGGAUAGACUCUGUGGUUGUCGUGGACAAUGUGCCCCAGGUCGGCCCCGAGCGCCUGGAGAAACUGAAGAACGUCAUCCACAAGAUACCCUCCAAGUUCGGCAAGAUCACCAACGAGUUCUACCCACGGUGACGGACCUGAAGGACUCACUAAGGG